AUGUCAACGCCAGUUUGGCGCGUAUCGAGCAAGAUGAACAAGGUUGAAGGCUUGAAGACUCCGCCUGUUUUGUUGCCUGAUCCAGCUACAUGGAAUGAUUAUACCUUCGCCAAUUUCAUGUAUUAUCAAGAAAGAAGAGGCCUUAUAACGUUGGUGCCAACGGCAUCAAUAUUAGUGCCCUACAUCUACCCUGUAGAUCCGAAUUUGUUUGAAGUGAGGCGACAAAUUCGGUUCUAG